UAAUACGGGUUCUCUAUGUUCAAUCGUCGACGCAAUCUGGUAAUGUACGUUCUCAGUGGGGCGGUUUUAGCUGGAGCGGGCGUGCUGGGCGUGACCUACUACAGUUUGCGUCUCCCCAGGCCGGCCAAGCAGCUCGUUGAAGAGUUGGUGCCCGCUGAAAGAGGAUUGGUUGUCGCUCAUCGAGGAGAGUCUGUUGACGCCCCCGAGAACACGCUGGUGGCGUUCAGACUGGCGAAGAAGAAUAAGGCGGCUGGUGUUGAAUUUGACUUGAGUUACACGUCGGAUGGGCAUGCUGUUUUGCUGCAUGACGACGACGUUGAUCGAACAACUGAUGGCACCGGUCCUAUUGACCAGUUGACGCUAGCGGAAGUGAGACAGUUGAAUGCAGCUUACAAUCACAAGUACAGAGAUAAGGUUGGGACAGUCCAGAUACCAAUUCUUGAAGAAGCUGUGCAAGAGUGCCUCCGUCUCAAUCUCACCAUGUUUAUCGAUGUUAAAGGAAAUGCAACCAAGUCUGCAGCUGUUCUUAGUUCUAUAUUCCGACAAUAUAAUCUAUUCAACAAAGCUAUUGUCUGUUCAUUCAGCCCAUACAUUGUGUACAAGGUAAAACAGGCUGAACCUCGCAUAGUAACAGCCAUAACACAUCGCAAAUGGUUUCUCAGUGAAUCAGUUAUCGGUCGGCCACGUUUCAGCAGUUCUAUAAAGCACUAUCUUGCAGUGAUAGCAGAUAUAAUUCUCGAGUGGAGUAUACACCACUGGCUUUAUGACAUAUGUGGCUGCUCAGUUGUCCUCAUGCAUCGACACAUGAUCAAUAAGGACUAUUUGUUGUCAUGGAAGGAGAAAGGUGUACGUGUGGUGGUGUGGACUGUCAACUCAGCUGACGAGAAGCAAUACUUCCAUGACACGCUGAAGGUUUCAUAUAUGACAGAUUGCACACGACCAGGUGCAGACUGUGCAAAUCAGACAACAUGA